UUCGAAAACAAUAGAUGUAAAGAUAUAAUAAUUGGGAUGCAGAAUUAAAUAAGUUUUCAGCGAUUUACACACUGGCAGAUCAGAAUGUGAACACACCGUUGAAAACUUUAUUUUUGCAAAUAUCUCAAGUUAUUGAAAUACACUUGGACAAAUCUUUAGUGCAUAAUAGAGUUCUUCUUGCAGUUUGCGCCGUUAUUUUAAGUGGUUUUCUGGGGACGUGUGGCGGGAGAUUGCGAUGCCAACACAGGUCCACCUGGCGGGCUGGAGUGCGUCUCAUUUGCAGAAUACAACAACGCGUACCAAUGGGGAACCUGCCUAACAGACGCCUAUAUUCGACAAAAGUCGGGAGCAGCAUAUCAAUGCAAAUCAACCAAGUGUGUUAUGUCAUUACCAAUGUAUGAUUGAAACCCAUGGCAUAGCAGAAGGUCCAGUAUACGACGACUGCGCAUGUGAUCCUUCUUCUCCUGUGAAGUCAACGUCCAUUCCACUGCCCGCCAAAUGUUACAGCCCUAAUGGAACUGAUUGUUCCUGGUACAGGGACUGUUUAGAGGCAAAAUACCAGUGCAGCAAAUCCGGAAGCUCAUAUGCUACAGAGUAUGGUGAAAAGUUUUGCAACCUGUACACUCAAAAUUACUAUAAUUUUACUGAGAUCGGUCGCAAAUGGAUUGACGCUGUAAGAAAAUGUCUACAAGUGGCCCUCGUACCACUUAUUCGAGAGUAUAAGACUGUCAAUUGUUCCAAAAUUAAGAAGGAUGCAUUUGAUAGCCAUUCUAGAUGCUAUACUAGCCCAUUCCCCGGUGCUCCGUCUAUCUGUUAUAUCGUCUCGGACUGGCUUAAGGUUUUCAGUACUAUAAAACCAGCAUUCAGCGCUGCCCGUGGAGCAACGACUUAUCAACUUCUGGAGACGGCAGUCAGGUGUGGAAUUGACUAUCUGAAAGUGGUAGGAAACUUGCCAAUGGCAGUAAUACGUUUUGUAAUAAAACCAGGGAAAGGUGUGGAUUCUUCGUACAACACACACAGGAAGAUAGAAAACUUCAUGAAAGGAACGUCGUCUGAUGAUGAAAUAGUUAUCUCACCGAUUUUACCAGAAAAGGAACGGAACAAACGAGCGGCUGAGGACACGUUCUUCAACAUUCUUUUCUUGUCUAGAGCGAAAUACGACUUGAAUUACAAAGGAAAUCCAGAUGUAAAUGUAACAGCUGUUGUUGUCAAAAUAAUUAAUGCUAUCGAGAAAGGUGACAUUUACUUUGGAUCGGAAAUACGCUCGGUUAGCCAGUGCGAAGAUUUUCACUGUGCAAACACCAGUUGGACCGUAAUACCGCCAAUAUCGCCAAUCAACGGAGAAGCUGAAAAGCAUAUCAGCAUACCCAUCCUCAUCAGUAGCGGGGUUAUUUGGUUAAUUUGGUCAACGGUUUAGUAAAUUGAAUGCGGACUAAUUGCAUUGUGGUGGAUUGCGACUUAAUGAGUAAUGUAUGCUGACUAUUGUUAAAUGUGGCAUUUGUACCCUCUGAAUAAAACAACAAUAAACGGUUUGAUUAUCUUAACAGAAAUGUUUCAUACGUCCUACUGGUUGUUGUUUGUUACAUAUUUAAUAUUAUACAUAUUUUCUAAAUCCAUAGACCUCUUUAUAAAAAAAUGUGUUACAAAUUUCAGUGGUUAGUAAAAUUGCAUAUACGUU